AUGUAUUCGUUCUUUCGUUCAUUCGCUGCCCUGGUGGCCGCGGAGAAAUAUACCGACCCAGACACCGGUAUCAUCUUCGACACCUGGACCGUAGAGGAAUCCUCCUCCGCCGCGGGGCUGACAUUCGGUGUCGCCCUACCCGAAGACGCCCUGACCAACGAUGCGACGGAGUUUAUUGGAUACAUUUCCUGCAGCUCCUCGGCCACAACCGGCGCAACCGGCUGGUGCGGUUUCUCCUUCGGCCCCUCUAUGAACGGAAACCUGCUUCUGCUCGCCUACCCACAGGACGACAAAGUCCUGACCUCCUUCCGCUUCAGCUCGGGCUACGCGCUGCCAGAGGUAUACGCGGGCGAGGCAACACUAACGCAGAUCUCAUCGACCGUGGCAGAUGACGGCUUCACCGUGCUGUUCCGAUGCGAGGGGUGUCUUGCGUGGGACCAUGACGGUGUAACGGGCAAUGCGACGACGUCGAGUGGACGGCUGAUUAUGGGCUGGGCGCAGGGGCAGGAGAGUCCGACUGAUGGGGCCUGUCCGGAUGAUCUGAGCGUUGUGCAGCAUGAGGGACAGGGGAUUUGGGGCGCAGCGCUGGAUGAGAAUGCCGCGUCGAGUGAGUAUGAGACUUGGGCGGCACUGGCUACGGAGAAGGUUACUGGGGAUUGUGAUGGGAGUGGUGGUGGAGGUGGAGGGGGUGAUGUUGUUGGUACGCCUGUUCCGUCUGGCUCGAGCUAUGAGUACAUCGUUGUUGGAUCGGGUCCUGCUGGGAUGGUUCUUGCGGAUCGUCUGAGUGAGACUGGUGCGAAGACGCUGCUUAUUGAGAAGGGCCCGCCGAGUAUUGGGCUCUGGGGAGGCGAUAUGAAGCCGGACUGGUUGAAUGGGACUGAGCUGACGCGGUUUGAUGUGCCUGGUCUGUGUAACCAGAUCUGGGUGGACAGUGCAGGCAUUGCGUGUCCGGACAACGAUCAGAUGGCUGGAUGUCUUGUUGGUGGUGGCACUGCUGUCAACUCAGGGCUGUGGUGGAAGCCGUACUCGAAGGACUUUGACGAGAACUUCCCUGAAGGAUGGAAGUACAGCGAUGUCUCGGGCAAUGUGGACAAGGUGUUUAACCGCAUCCCUGGCACGAUCACCCCCAGCACGGACUCAAAGCUGUAUCUGCAGGAGGGUCCCAGUGUGAUCAUGAACGGGCUGACAGCCAACGGGUGGGAGAUGACUAGCUUCAACGAUGCCCCGGAGGCGAAGUAUCGCAGUGUGGGAUACAGUCCGUACAUGUUCAGCAAUGGCCAGCGCAAUGGGCCCAUGGCGACGUACCUGGUGAACGCGAAUGAGCGCAACAACUUCGACAUGUGGAUCAACACGACUGUGCGCAGGGUCGUCAGAGACCAGGGCACUGUCACUGGUGUCGAGCUUGAGCCGUUCCUUGACGGGGGCUAUGAGGGCACUCUGAACCUGACAACUGGUGGCAAGGUCAUUCUGAGCGCUGGAGCAUUUGGCACUCCCAAGAUUCUGUUCAGAAGUGGAAUUGGACCCGAGGACCAGCUCAGCGUCGUCAACAACUCCAAGACCGACGGAGACACCAUGAUUGCCGAGUCUCAAUGGAUCAACCUGCCCGUCGGAGAGAACUUGAUGGAUCACCCUAACACCGAGGUCGUCGUGCAACACCCCGACAUCGUCUUCUACGACUUCUACGGCGCCUGGGACGACCCUGUCGAGGCCGACAUGCAGAGCUACCUAUCCGACCGAACCGGCCCUCUCGCCCAGGCUGCACCAAACGUCAACCCUGUCUUCUUCGACCAGGUCACCGGCCCCGACGGCGUAACCCGCCAGCUGCAAUACCAAGCCCGUGUCGAGGGCAGCCACGACAUCGCAGACGGCCACACAAUGUCCAUUACCCAAUACGUCGGCCGCGGCCAGACCUCCCGGGGCAAGCUCACAAUCAACAGCGGGCUCAACACUGUUGUCAGCACGCUCCCCUGGCUGCAGGAUGACAACGACACCGACGCCGUGAUCCAGGGCCUGGAGCGUUUGCGUGACUCUUUGAGCAAUGUCACCGGCUUGACCUGGGCCUUCCCGACCAAGAACGUCACUAUCACCGAUUUCGUGAACAGCCUUCCUUCAACGGGGCGCGGUAGCAACCACUGGAUGGGAUCGUGCAAGAUGGGCUCUGACGACGGCCGCGACGGCGGAUCUGCUGUCGUUGAUCUCGACACCAAGGUGUAUGGUAUGGAGAACCUGUUUGUGGUGGAUGCGAGCAUCUUCCCUGGGAUGGUCAGCACCAACCCCUCGUCUUAUAUUGCGACCGUGGCGGAGACUGCGGCGGAGAGAAUUCUGGCUUUGUAAGAUAGUCGUGAUCGAAGACAGUAUUUGGUUUGAAGUAUUUAUUCAGCAGAUUAGAGACUUGUUUGCUGAGUUGGAUAACCUGUUCGCUACUUGGAGGUCGCAGUGCGCGGGACACUGUCAUGCCGGGAUACCUGGAUACCUGGAUAGCCCUAAUUCAGACAUAAAUACUGCAAUACUAUCGGAGCACAGACAACAGUAUUGUUCCCUGUACAACAAGCGAUGUAACUUCAGUAUCGCCCCGCC